CGAACGCAUGGAAGCGUGUAGUUUUGAUGCUCUCGCUUACGGUUUUUGUUAUUCAUACUGAUGGAUUAGCAAGCAAUAGAAGUGAAUUUUAGUGAACAUUUGUGUAACCAUAACAGGAGUGUGAUUUGUAAUCUUACGGAUAAGCGGAAUGCGUUUUGCGAAGAACAAACAAUUGACGAAAUCAAGUGCACAAUUGUUGUAGGUCAUAAGUGAAGAUACAAAAUCUAGAAUACUACGAAUUCCAACACGUAUUUCAAACAGUGAAAAGUGACAAAUACGAUGGGAAAACUAAACCACCAGUGAAACAGAUUUAAAACUGUUCUACCUUAAAAGCUAAAGAUAUUAACAGCACCGUGUAUCACUGAAAACAAGUAGGAGAAUCUCUGAUUAAAAUUUUCCGGACUGGAAAAACACUGUGAGGAUUUACUACGGAAUAGUUCAAGUUAAAUUACUUAAAAGUGAAUGGUGUUAAACUCUACCACUCGAAAAUGGAUGCCAACAAUUUUGUGAUGUCUUCCUACCAGUUCGUGAACUCACUCGCCUCGUGCUACCCGAACAACAGCCAGAAUCCAAAUAAUGCCCAAACGGGUGGUUCCGGUUCCGGACAAAGUGAUGGCUAUUUCCCGCCCUCGGCUUACACCCCCAAUCUGUACCCGGGAACGCCACAUCAGGCUCACUACUCCAAUCCGCAGUCGUACAAUCCACUGGCAGCGGCGGGAGCGGGCAAUGUAAACAGCAGCGCCAGCAGUGGCGGCCAUCAAUCAAGUGAAAUGGUUGACUAUACACAGCUACAGCCUCAAAAAUUUCUUCUGAACCAGCAACAGCAGCAGCAGCAGCAACAAUCCGCCCUCAGUUCUCAGAGCUGUAAAUAUGCUAGCGAAGGUGCUAGCGCAGGUUCGAAUGUAGGUAAUAACACUAGCAAUAAUAAUAGCACUACAAGCCCACAAGACCUAAGCACGGCAGGCAACACCGGCAGCGGUGGCGGAGGUGGAAGCAAUCGGCCGGAUAUAUCGCCAAAAUUAUCCCCGAGCUCAGUGGUAGAGAAUGUGUCGCGAACAAUCAAAACGCCAACAACAUCCAUUUGUUCUAGCAACACAAACAACAACAGUGGCAAUAUCAGUAAUCGAAAUCCAGUGAACCAAGUGAAUUUGCCCCUGGGCAGUCCGGAUGCCGAUGAUUCCGAUGCGAGUGACGAUGAUAGCGGCACAGAGGGAGGAAGCUCCCAAGGAGGCGGCAGUGGUUCGAAAAAAGGUGGACCACCGCCACAAAUCUAUCCAUGGAUGAAACGAGUGCAUAUCGGCCAGAGUACCGUCAACGCCAACGGUGAAACGAAACGCCAGCGGACAUCGUACACGCGCUACCAAACCCUGGAACUGGAGAAGGAGUUCCACUUCAAUCGAUACCUGACCCGCAGACGACGAAUCGAAAUCGCCCAUGCCCUCUGUCUGACGGAGCGGCAAAUAAAGAUCUGGUUCCAGAAUCGCCGGAUGAAGUGGAAAAAGGAGCACAAGAUGGCUUCGAUGAACAUUGUUCCCUAUCACAUGUCACCGUACGGACAUCCGUAUCAGUUUGAUAUUCAUCCGUCUCAGUUCGCACAUCUUACACUGUCGUACACUUUAUCGCGGAAAAAAGAGGAACGAAAACGAAAAAUUGAGGCCACGCCGGAGAGGAAGUGGUCUGCUGGCUCAACGGACGCGCUGUUAUCCGGCGAUUUCGUGGAGCAGUACAAAACGAGUUUCGAUGACAGCGUGUUUACCGUUUUCUGUGGAGAGAAUUGUGGAAGGGAAAGGAGUGCGGGGGAACUACUGGAAAUCCGAUGGGUAACCGUUUCCGAAAGGAAGGUGGUGUGGUGUAAGAAGAUGAGUUCAUUCUUGAUGGGAUAUCCGCACCAUUUUCAAUCCAUGGGUAUCAAUAUUGAACCGAAAUUUCCUCCAAGUGAUGAAUACGGCUUCCAUAAUGGAUACAGCAGUGUGAAUGGGAUUACGCAAACCGGAAAUGAAUACUUGCAUCAUGCACAGAGCGACAUGCUGCACCACAAUAAUGGUAGCAACAGCGGCAGUGGUUAUAAUGGCUACGCGCAUGGUAUGGGUCAUUACUACCAUCAUCACCAUCACCACCACCAUAAUGGGUACGCCUCUCCGGUGCAGAUGCACCCGGUUACUCCAACAUCCGCACCUGCAACACCUCUACAGCCAGUAACACCGGCAAGCAGCUCAACACCAAAUCAAAACGAUGGAUACGUGUCAAACUCAACGCCGUAUUACUCGGGUUUUUAUAGCAGUAAUGCACACCAAUCGUUAAUGGACGUUCCGUUGCAAUGCUCAGAAAAUGAAAUUAGUAAUACGGCACUAGGAUUACAAGAACUAGGUAUAAAACUUGAUAGGCGAAUAGAGGAGGCUGUGCCGACUGGGCAACAACUUCAAGAGCUUGGUAUGCGGUUGAGAUGUGAAGACGUCGGAUCAGACCAGGAUGAAUACCUGGACGAGGAACGUUUGAUGCUUGACCGAUCACCGAAUGAGACGGAAUCUAACGAUGGCGAUCUGGAUGAGCUGGACACCGACAACGAGCUUGAAGAAGAUGUUGUAAACGCCACUAGCGAUGGUGAGAGAAUUAUAUGGCCGUGGAUGAGGAAAAUUCACGUUGCUGGCGUCGCGAACGGCUCGUUCCAGCCGGGAAUGGAACCGAAACGCCAACGUACCGCCUACACCCGGCAUCAAAUACUAGAACUGGAGAAGGAGUUCCAUUACAAUCGUUAUCUGACCCGACGACGACGGAUAGAAAUAGCCCACACACUGGUCCUGUCAGAGCGUCAAAUUAAAAUAUGGUUUCAAAAUCGGCGGAUGAAGUGGAAGAAAGAUAACAAACUGCCGAAUACGAAAAACGUACGAAAGAAAAACGGCGAUCAAGGUAAAAACAACACCACAUCGAACGCUACGGGCGGCCCAACGAAAAAAGGUCGUAAAGCGAACUCGUCAAGUUUAUCAAACGGGAAGAAGCAGAUGAACCUACAGAACGAAUGCUUUCGCACCGAGAGCCUUGACAGCAUGACGGACAUCCAUAAUUCAUUGAAUGGAAGCAAUCUCGCUGCUGCAGCCCCGUACAUUUCUGCAUCGGACGUCACCGGGGUGCUGUCAAUGAAUAAUAACAGCAGCAUCAACUCCGAAUCCGCCGCGUCCCACGAGCAGCAUCCGUCGCCGAUUGUGAACAACCCACCGCCGUCUGCUGGCAGUGUAAAUACAGUAGUUGCUCAUUCGAUCAGUAUUAAACAUGAUUACGAUCUAACAGCCCUAUAG